GUCUCAAUGGGAAAAACCUUUUUUCUUCUUAUCCCUAAACAAGGACGAGAAUGUGAUUAAAAACGGGGGAAAAUGCCAAGGAGGAAGCAGGAGCAGCCCAAGCGCCUGCCUUCACAUGUGGACAGCAAUGAGGAAGAAGGGACUGAUGGCGGUACUGUGGAGGAGGAAGGCUGGUUUGGGAAUGCCUCUGACACACGCUCAGAGUCGUCGUCUUAUGGAGACACCCAGGAUGAGCUCCUCCUGCAUAGGGGCUCCUCUCCUGAUGAACAACCUGGAGUCAGCAUUGGGCCAGGAGAGCAUGAUACCUGUGGAGACGAGAGUUCACUGGGCUGCUCUACACCCAUCCAUCGUGCCUCUUUGGAACUUCUUGGCCUGGACGGAGGUGCAUUCUCAGCCCAGGACACACUCUCCUCUGUGGUGUCAUCACUGUAUGGUGAGACAGCAUCUCGAGCCUUGGGAAAACCCCUCAGCAGCAACCUACGGCGCCUCCUAGAGGCUGGGUCGUUUAAACCUGACACUGGGGAGGUCCUGGGUCGGUCAUCCAGAGGAAGUGCUGGGGGAGAGUCCCCUCCAAUUGCUCUAGCCCCACCUUUGACCCUCUCCCCAUCUUCCCACCAUGCCCAGCACUUAAGUGCUCUUGCCCGAAAACUGGCCAAUAACAACAACAGUGGCUCUGCUUCACCCGCCUCCUUGGCACCCGCAGUCUCCAACAUCAAGCAAGAGGCCCUCGACCCCUUUAACUCUGUCACCUCUAGCAAUGGCAGUGGCUUUGUUUGGGCAGGUGUAGCAGAUAAGUGGCCACCAGCCACCUGCUCCACGCCCUGCGGCUCCAGCCUGUCUCCAGACUCUGCAAUCCAAAAGUUAAAAGCAGCAGCCAAUGCUGUACUUCAAGACAAGAACGCUGUGGCUUCCUCUUCAACGACAUCUUCCUCCUCUUCCACCUCUGCCUCAUCCGCAGUCCCCACCCUGAGUGGGGGUGGUCGAGGAGAUGAUGUAGUGCGCUUUGAUGCCUUCAACUCUCCAUUUAGCCCACAGUCAGCUAGCUCUACCCUCGCUGCACUUUCCAAGAAAGUCAGCGAGAGGAGCCAAGCAUCGUCAACAGCCAGCGCGGCUUCUGACCACCAAGGCUCAGCAAGUUCCUUUCUUUCUCUUGUGUCAAUGACCUCCUCUGCUGCCUUGCUAAAAGAGGUAGCAGCCAGGGCAGCAGGAAACAUGCUGGCAGAGAAGAAGGAAGGCUCCCCCUUGGCACCUGCAGGGGUCCUCCAAGAGGAUGUAAAGCCCCUGUUGGACAAAAACCAGAAAGCACCCACGCCCAACCAGAGCCUAGAGUUGUUGAUGCCCUCUACUCCAAAGAGCAGAGGGAAACCAAAUAACCAAGCAGGCUCUCCUGAGGAUGGUGGCAAACCAUUCCAGUGUCCUGUGUGUGGACUGGUCAUCAAACGCAAGAGCUACUGGAAGAGACACAUGGUCAUUCACACAGGCUUGAAAAGCCAUCAGUGUCCGCUAUGUCCCUUCCGCUGUGCUCGCAAAGACAAUCUCAAGUCCCACAUGAAGGUACAUCAACACCAGGACCGGGGUGAGACAUUUCAGUGCGAACUUUGUCCCUUUACCUCCUCCCGACAUUUCAGCUUAAAGCUUCACAUGCGGUGCCACCAGCACUUCCCUCGCACAGACUUCAAGGUGAAAGAGGAGCUAACCACCGACACAGAGGGCGAGGGCUCCGUGUUAGGGGACAGCGGGUCCACAGACCUGAGAGCAACAGACGCGUCUCCACUGCAUUCAGACACUCAGCAGCAGACGUCCCCUCCGGUCGAGGCUUCCUCCAAUCAUGUCCACAUCAAGGAGGAACCCCAGGAAAGAGACUUGUCUGUGCUCUCCCCGUUUAGUAUCUGCAGGGACCGUGCCAGCAGCAGUGCCAACUCCCUGGACCUACCCGGUGUCGGGGUUGGAGUUGGGGUGAGAUCAAGUCCGAGCGGUCCAACCACAGCCUCCAUCUUCAGCCCUGAUAUCACUACCAAAACGGCCACUGAUCUGCUGAUGAAGCUUUCAGCAGCCAACCAGAGGGAAACACUCAAGUCUCCAUUCCACCUGAAGGAAGAGCCCAAGGUGGAGGAGGCACUGAGCCCUAGACCAUCCUCGCAGUCCCAGAGCCAGGUUCAGCCAAGCUUCCCUGCCACUUUCUGCCAGGACGGGCCAGCAGGGGCUGCAGCAGCCACAGAGCGCCCAGGGUCACUGAAACCAAGGGAAGGAAGCCCCAUGGCUAAGAACAGCUUGCUUAGCCAAGAUAUCAACGUUAAGGUGGCCUCUGAGCUGCUGAUUAAGCUAUCAGAGAACAACAAAGAUGCCCAGAAGGUGAAGGUAAAGGCAGAGCCCAUGGAGGUGGAUCCACCCCCUGCAGAACUAACCCCACCUGCCUCUCACCUGCUGGCUUUCAGCACUUUAGGGGCGAGUGAGAAGAGCGAGCCAAUGAGUAACCUCUCUGAAACGUUGGCAUGCCCCCAGAAAGAUCUCUUCUCCCAAGACAUAUCGGUCAAAAUGGCAUCUGAACUACUGUUCAAAUUGUCAGAAAAAGUCAGCAAAGCCCACAACCACAAAGACAGUAACAUGGUUGGAAUAAACAGUCCAUUCCUGGACGAGUGCUUUAGACAAUCACCCUUUAACUCGCACUCCAAGAGCUCUUCCCCCGCAGAGGCCACCUCCUCUACCAGGGUAGCAUUUCAUGAUUCAGAGAAGGAUGAUGGCAACCCAGGGAAUGGGAUCGCCCAGUGGAGAUUACACGAGCAGCUUUUUCCCUGUCCCAUCUGUGGCAAGGUGUUCGGUAGACAGCAGACACUUUCUAGACAUCUCUCUCUACACACAGAGGAGAGGAAAUACAAGUGUCACUUGUGUCCUUACGCAGCCAAGUGCAGGGCUAACCUCAAUCAGCACCUGACCAUCCACUCUGUCAAGCUGGUCAACACAGACGCUGAACAGAUCGUCAGCGCUGUUACAGCCGACUCUACUGAGCGCAAGAACUGCCCCUACUACUACAGCUGCCAUGUGUGCGGUUUCCAGACGGAGCUGAAUGCCCAGUUUGUCAGCCACAUGUCGCUUCAUGUGGACAAGGAGCAGUGGAUGUUCUCACUGUGCUGCAGCGUCUGUGACUAUGUCUGCAUGGAGGAAACCGACAUGAAGAGCCACAUCAGUACCGGACAUGCAGGUCUGAACUCAAGAAGCCCCCUCAGCGAGACCAAGAGCACCUCAUCAUCCCUCUCAGCCCUCAGUGAUUCGCUCAACAGCUCUGAGGGCGGAGACUAUACCCACGGUAACGAAGAACUCAAGAGCCUGCUCGCUCCGCCCUCCUCCGCAGGCAGUCAGGCCAGCUCCGGAAGUCACUCAGGAUCAGGAACUGAGGACAAGCAAGACAAAGGCUUUGAGUGUGUCUUCUGCAAUUUUGUAUGCAAGACACGCAGCAUGUACGAACGGCACCUCCAGAUCCACCUCAUCACGCGAAUGUUCGAGUGCGACGUAUGCCACAAGUUUCUCAAGACACCCGAGCAGCUGCUGGAGCACAAGAAGUGUCACACCGUCCCCUCUGGAGGGCUCAAGUGCCCUUUUUGCAUCUACUCCACCAAUCGUCCAGCGGCCAUGGAGUGCCACCUGAAGACGCACUGUAAGAUGGAGUACCGCUGCCGCAUCUGCCAGGGACUGUGGCCCGACCAGGCCUCGCUGGAGGCCCACAUGCGGGGGCACCGCCUGGGCAACCACUACAAGUGUGAGCAGUGUGGCUAUCUGUCCAAAACGGCCAACAAGCUGAUCGAGCAUGUGCGUGUGCACACAGGCGAGCGGCCCUUCCACUGUGACCGCUGUUCUUAUAGCUGCAAGCGCAAGGACAACCUCAACCUGCACAAGAAGCUGAAGCACGCACCGCGCCAGACUUUCGGUUGCCAAGAGUGCCCUUUCACCACCACACACCCCUUUGUCUUCAGCCGCCACCUCAAGAAACACCAGAGUGGAGGAGCGGGGGGCCUGGAUGGAGGCUUAGAAGGAGGAGAAGAGGAGGAGGAAGAAGACGAGGAGGCAGGAGGGGAGGAGCAGCCACUAAAAGGAGCAUCACCUGGAUGUUCUUCAUUGCAGAAGAGCCAGGAGAGCUUCCUGUUCAGCGGAGGCGGUAGCAGUGGGGGGAGUGGGAGUAACAGCCCCCUCAUGAGUCUAACAGCAUCUCAGGCGCUCCAGUCGGUCGCUCUGUCACUCACACUGGGCAAGUCCCGCCAGCUUGACCCCACCAGCCCUGUGAACAACGCUGCUGGCACCAACGGCACAGACACUACCAGACACUGCAGCAGUGGCAGCCCCUCCCUCUUCCCGUCCUCCUCCCGCCACAUGUUCGAGCAGUACAGGAACUGCGACCGGGCCCACCUGAUCCCCCUCACCACCCUGUACACCCACAACAGUCGCUUCACAUUCCACUCCAGAUGGUGGACAGCCACGUCUUCUCUGCUCUUUUUCUCCAACUCUGUAUCCCCCGCCUUCUCUUCCUCCUCACCCUCCUCACCUUCCUCCCACAAACACUCCUUCCUGGCCUACCUUGGACUGAUGGAGAGGGCCAAAACUGUCUGACCUCACCCAUCUCUUUUCUUCCAGCUUCCCAUCUCCCGCUCUUUCCACUCACUCCUCGGACGGUGGUGUAAAUGACACUUGACCACUGCAGUGGGAGCAACGUCUUUUCCAAUCAGACCAGCAAAAUAAGCUGGACCAGACAAACAUAUUAAAAAGAAAAAGAAGAAAAAGAAGACAUUUAUAAAAGAAAAAAACGCUGUACAUGCUAAAAUGCAUUUAUAUCAAAAAGCUGCUUUUCUUAUCAGUUCUAUCAAUUGAAUUAUUACUACUUCAAGUACUACACACUAUUACCUUCUCUUUGGUUUUUAAGCAUCUGAAUGACCUGGACCCAGUCGCUUUAUCUGGUAAAACUAACGCAUCUCAGUUUUAUAGAUAUUUUCUUUAUUUGUUUGACAAGAUAAAAAGUUGAAAAAGUCAAAACAAACCUUGCAAGUGCUAUAUUUUAGUGCAUUUUUGUCCCUUGCUAUUAUGCAUUGAAAUAGCAUGCCUGUUUCUGUGUUUCAGCUAGCUUUGACGUCAUUAGGAAGCUGAAUUCGAAAUAUCCUGAAGUGUUAGCGGUGCAAUGUGGACAGAACCAAUGAAACGGAAUGCUUUUCAUUGAAAAAAAAAAGCACGUUUCCAAAGCAACGCCUCAGACCACGCACUUACUUAUCAAUCUUGUACAUAGUUUUGUAGCCCCUUCUUCUCCUGUCUUUUUGAGUUAUGUUUUGUUUCCUUUUUUUUUUAUUUUUUAUUUGUAAAAUGGGGAAAACAUGUUCUGCAUUUCUGCUGACUGAUUUCACUUCUGUCUCAGAAUCAGUGUAACUUUAAUGGAUUAGUAGAUCAUUCUGAUUUUAUUUGCAAACUCAGAAAAUAAGCUGUGACAAUGUAAAUAUUUCAAUCUGACCUAUCAAGUGAGAUGUGAAAUCAUUUGAAUAUAAAUGCAAAAUGUUACUGAUACAUUUGUACUCAGUGUUGUAGAGCAGGGGUCCCCAACAUUUUUUUUUCCAGGGAAAAAUAAAACACAAAACAGAACAACAACAGUUCCGUUGUUUUCAUCUACCAAAUAAAAGAAAAAAACACAUUGCUGAUCAGCUUAUCAACAGAUAAGAAAACUUAUUCACUGUAACUGUGUUUCAUCAUUAGGACAUUUAAGUAAUGUUUAUUUACACACACAUGCACAUGUUUUCUUUGCAUGUGUAAAAACAAUGUAACUCACCAAAAUAACAAAUUCUUUUGUCCACUUACCAUCACUACAGCAGCAAAGCAGAUGAUGCUGCAUUCAGCUUCAUCACAGCACAACAAGCAUUUGUUCAGAUUUGUAUGCUUCAUUUUUUUUUUCUUUCCCCACUCACAGCCUGUUAAAAAAAGACUUAGUAUCCCAGUGGUUCGGGGGGCCCUGCUACAACAAACCAGAGCAAGACUACAAUAAAACAUUUAUUCAUUAUCUAUGAGACCAGGUUGACAUCAGCACAACAUUAUAUGCAGAACUAUGUAUCAUGCACUCAUACUUAGAAGAGAUAUAUGAGAUAACUGUUUUGUGGAGGUGACCUGCUCUGGGUAAGAAAGCUACCCACAGCCAAGGUCACCACAGGCCGAUUCAAUGGUGCUUUUUGGAGCUUUUUGUAAUUUUUGUGUACAAAAAAAAAAAAAAAAACUGUUCCAAAAUGACUUGAAUGAAUGUAUUUUUGUUUAUGUACAUGAAAAAGAUGCGAUACAGAAGUGUGAACAGGGACGUCUUCUGUGCUGUUAAAGACAGGAAAGUUUGUGUUUGGUGGCCUUUCUGUCUUUUUGUUUUUGUCUUUCAUUUGUUGUUAUUUGUCAUUUUUUUUUCUUUCUUUUUUUUUUUUUUUUUUUUUACUGAGCCUUUUACAUCAUAUUAAACAUUUUCUACUAACAUUCACAGAGAACCUAUUGUGAGAAAAUGCUCCUGUAGGCGCAGUGAUUAAACAAAGCCAUGCCAUGUACAGCACCGUGGUCGAUGGCUCUGGCUUUUGGUAGGCUGGCAGACUUGGUACUGCUUUUUUGCUCCCCUCCUUCACAAUUACUUCUGUUCUGGAGCUUUUGAGUUUUAAUUGCACUUAUGUAGUUACUCUUCAAGCCAAAAGCACUUAAAUCUUUUGUUUUCUUUUUUUUUUAUUUUUUUUUUUUUUGUUUGUUUGUUUUUAAGUGCAAACUUAGAUCCAAUAAGUUACCGUAAUGUGAAGUAGGCAUAUGUUGCUGGAAAUGACUCAAUCAACACCCCACAGUUUCUGGUCAUUUCUGGUGGUGCAAAAGGGUCUGCCUCUGUGAAAUCGGAGAAAGUAAUUGAACACAAAUUGCAUGAAUUAGACAGUAGAGGUCAAGCUCCCCCCUGGGAACUAAAGGUCCCAGGCUAAAUUGUUUUAGCCAAUUUUGCACAGUGCUGCACUUUUCAAUUAUGAGAAUAUGUAUUUAUCUGUAAAGUCUCCAAAAGAAGUUUUGCAAGAUAAGGAGGUGUAGUACAAGUUUUUUUUUCUUUUUCUUUUAAGAAGAGCUUUACUUGUAAUUGCGCUUGUGUUCCUAAGUGGUCUUCAAGCCAAAAUCCCUCAUUUGUGAUGGGAUUUUUUUUUUUUAUUGUCCUUAUUUUUUUUCCAAGUGUCUAUUUUAUUGAUGCAUUAUUAUCUAUUGUUGCUUAUGUUGUAGUCAAGUCAUGUCAGAAAAACAUGGAUUGGACAGAGAUCAUAAAUUGUUAAGACCAAAUUGUGACUCGCCACAGGAUGUGAUGUUAGGAUUGAAUCCGUCACGUCCUGCGUUGGAUUGUCUUCCCCUUCUCAACACAGCUGUUUAUUUAAUCUUUUUUUUUUUUUUUUUUUUUGCUCUCUGUCAUCUAGCAUCUCUGGAGAGAAAGGAGCAUUUCUCCCAACACAUGCACACACUCUUCUCCUGUACUAUCUACGUUAUCUUUUAUACUCUAGUGCCACUUGGUGGAAGGAAACCACCUGAGACUCCUGAGAAUGAGUCAAACUAAUUGUCAGGGUCCAACAGAAAAAAAAGAUAAUGAGAUCAAAAGAAUGUGUCCUCUCGACACCUUUUUUUAAAUGUCUGCCUUUUUAUUACAGCAUAUUCAUGAAUAGCUGCACUUCUUUUUGCCCCCCUUUGUUUGAGUGUAAUGUUUUAAAAAGGUAACAGGACUCAAUCUUUAGAAAACCAGAAUUUUCAAGCACUUAUCCUUUUUGUUUUUUGUUUUUUUUUUUUGCCCUAUUGUACGCAGCACAGUGACCUUUAAGCUUGACUACCUUUACAGCACUUGAGAGUAUGCAUGACAUUGUCCUCUCUGGUCCUUUAGCACUUAUUUGUGUUUUAAACUAACUCCUUUGGUUAGCAUUUAGAAAGCAUCACACUGCACUGUCUACAAUCAGUUAGCUUUAUGUUUGGCUGUAUUUUAUGAUUAGAAAAAGGCUCAACUAUCUUAACUUUUGGCACUUGGUAAAGAUAGGUUUGUGCUGUAAAAAGCUUUUUUUUUAUUACUCCAUUGUUAAGGCUGUACAGGGUUGUGAUGAUAACUGGUAAAUAGACCAUUUGUACUUUUUUUGGUUUUGUAUUUGUUUUCUUUGGCAUUAUUUUAUGUUCAACUUGCCAGAUCUAAAUGUAACAGGAUUUGAAAGUAAAGCUUACAUCAGAUAUUAUGUCAA